CCAUCCUCUCAUCACUUGCAUCCAGAUCAGAAUGGAGAACGUAAUUUCGCAGCCACACGUUCCAGGUGAUGAAGUGGUGAUUCGCAAGUCUGCAAGCUACCAUCCCACCGUUUGGGGUGAUUACUUUAUCUUACAGGCCCAGUCCUCCCCCAGUACACAGGAGUGCGAUGCAAGGAUGCAAGAGAGAGCUGCAGAACUGAUGGAGCAGGUAAGAAGCAUGUUCAAGGACACUACCGACAUCUUGCAAACUAUGGACUUGGUCGAUUCAAUCCAGCUUCUUGGAUUGAGUUAUCACUUCGAGAAAGAAAUAAGUGAAUCAUUAAAACGAGUCCAUGAUGCCGAUUUGAACUGUCAUGGUCUCUACGAUACUGCUCUCCGGUUUCGACUGCUGAGACAAGAAGGGUAUCAUGUGACCCCUGAUGUUUUUAACAAGUUCAAAGAUGAGGGAGGGAGUUUCAUGCGUACCUUGGGAAGUGAUGUGAAGGGACUGUUAAGCUUGUACAACGAAGCUCAUCUUGGGACUCACAGGGAGAUAAUUCUUGAUGAAGCCAUCUCUUUUACCAGGAACCAUCUAUUAUCUGCGUUAGGCGAUCUUAAACCACCAUUAACAAUUCAAGUGUCUCUUGCCCUUGAGACACCUCUAUAUAGAAGGAUGAGAAGGCUCUUGGCAAGAGAUUAUAUCUUUAUAUACCAAGAGGAUGCCGCACGAAAUGAUGUCAUACUGGAGCUUGCAAAGCUGGACUUCAAUACACUACAAUCUCUUCAUCGUGAGGAGCUUAAGAACAUCUCUUUGUGGUGGAACGAAAUAGCACCCUCCAACAGUCUCGAUUUUUCUCGAGACCGAUUGGUGGAGUGCUACUAUUGGACUCUGAACAUAUACUUUGAACCCCACUAUUCCCGUGCACGAAUGAUAACGGCCAAGGUCUUUGCCCUAAUCACUAUUAUGGAUGACAUCUAUGAUGUCUAUAGCACACUGGAGGAGAGUCGACAAUUCACCGAGGCAAUCCAAAGAUGGGAUGCAAAGGCUGUUCAUCAACUACCAGAGUAUAUGAAGGACUACUUUCUCAAGUUAAUUCACGCCUUUGAAGAGUUCGAAACUUUGCUAGCACUCAGUGGGAAGUAUCGCUUGUACUAUCUCAAGGAAUCGAUGAAAGCUGUAUCUAAAGCUUACUUUGAGGAAUCCAAAUGGAGUGCUCAACAUUACGUGCCAACUCUGGAAGAACACCUACAGGUUUCCCUCAUCAGUGCAGCAAAUCCUGUACUCGAAUGUGCUUCUUUUGUUGGAAUGGGAGAAAUAGCAACUGAGGAGGUAUUUAAGUGGAUUACUAGUUUCCCAAAAAUUGUCCAAGCUUCUGGAAUAAUUUCUCGGAUUAUGAAUGACAUUACUUCACAUGAGUUGGAACAAACUAGGGAACAUGUUGCCUCCACAGUCCAAUGCUACAUGAAAGAGUUCGGAACAGAUGUGCAUGUGGCAUGUAAGAAGCUCCAAGGUCUAGUUGACGAUGCAUGGAAGAAGAUAAACGAAGAGUGCCUCAAUCCGACUGCAUUCUCCUUUGCUUUACUUGAAAGGAUUAUUAAUUAUUCGCGAAUGGCAGAAAAUAUAUAUAAACACAUUGAUGGAUACACCAACUCCUCUAUGAAGAUAAAGGAAUAUAUCUCUUUGUUACUUGUAUAUCCUAUUCCACUUUGA